AUGAAAAAUCAUGUGACAUUAGAUAAUAUAACGACAAUUCAAUUUGAUCAUGGGUCUGUUGAAAAUAGAAACGAAUGGUUAAUUCAAGCAUUACCUAAUUUAAAUCAUUUGAUUUUAUCAACUGUUGAUUUACCUUCUCCAGAUAGUCAAUCAGCUGAUCUACUUAAUAAAAGAAUUCGACGAUUAGAUAUUGACUCAACAGAUUCUCUACUUGAACAAUUAACAGAAAUAAGUUAUGAUUAUUUUUCAAAUGUUGAACAUAUAUAUUUUAAAGUGAAACAUGGGCUUGAUAACGGAUUUCAAAAUUAUGCAGAUAUUGUUAAAAAAAUAUUGAAGAAUUUCAAAAGUUUAGAAAGAUUAAUAAUUCGUAGUUUUUCAGGCACUGCGACCUUACGCAGUAUUAGAGAUUUAACCAACAUUCUUGAGCAUUCUGAUAUGAUAGAAAUUAAGAAAAAAUUUCAAAUGAAACAGUUUGAUGGAUGGGUCUUAUUUUUAAAAGAUGGAUAG